UUAUGGACAGCCCUAAUCCAGCCGUUUGGGUGUCCAGAACGAAUUCUGACCGACCAAGGGGGCGCCUUCGAGUCGGCAUUGAUGCGUCAACUCUGCGAGUUGUAUGGCUGUACAAAAAGUCGUACCACCCCGUAUCACCCCCAAGGGAACGGGGCAUGUGAGCGGUUCAACCAAACAAUUCUGGGAUUGCUGAGCUCGCUGGAUCCCACAGACCACCCGCGAUGGCAUCACAAACUUCCAGCCCUGAUACAAGUUUAUAAUAACUCUGUCCAUGCAAGCACAGGGAUGACACCCCACUUUGUUCUGUUUGGACGCCAUGCCAGACUACCGAUCGACAUGAUCCAUGGAGUGACCCCGCCCCAGCGGCGAGGUGACCUCGAAGAAUGGGUCCACCAGCACCAUAAUACCCUGAUGGACGCUUACGCCCGAGUGCAGCGAAACGUCUCCCGCCGGCAGGCGUGGGACCAGAAACGAUCGACCCCGGCCAGAACAGCCCGUCUACCUCAUUCGUCCGGAAGGGGAAGAAGGGCCCACUCGCACUUUGCAUCGGAACAACCUCCGCCCAUGCCCAGCAGGAGUGCUGGGCAGCCCGCAGGUACAAGAGGAAGGCCCACCUGGGGCCAAUGUGGAUGUCCCGCCCCAGUUCAAUCUUCCCAGUUUCCUAGUGCCCCCGUGCCCCUCCCGUCCAGCCGUCACUGGUGUCUCGCCUAGGGCAGUACACCCCACGCUACCCCCCGGUCGUUUUUCCCCUAUACAAUCCACCUCCAUUCCCAUAGGUCCUCCAAGGCCUUCCUUAAGCAUCCCCACAAUGAUGCCUCCUCACCCCCCUACUGCCCGACCCUUUGAGUUGGGGACCCAAGGUAGGACCACUGGGGGGGGACCAGGGUUAGUAAGUGAUAGGAAUGUUGUUAACAAUGAUUCGUUGUUGAUUAAUGAUAGGAAUGUUGUUAAUUAUGAUCCGCUGUUGGUUGAUGAUGAGGAUGUUGUGUUAAAUGAUGAGGUAUCCGUGUCCACUGAUUCGGAAGCGGACCAGCACACAAUGGGGCCUCGUCGCUCCCAGCGAAGCAACUUUGGGGUACGACCUACACGCUAUACUUGAUUCACCAGGUCGGGCGACCAUGGUUAAAGAGGGGGGGAGUGUCGCGGAAGGCGACUAAAGGGGGGAACAGUAUAUUAACUAAAAAGACUGCUUUUCCCCCCCCAGAUCCCGAACAAUAGACUCUGGCUAGAGCCGAUAUUCCCUGCCCCUAGGGGCACUGUGGGUUGGGGUGUACGUUGUGUUUUCAGUGUUUCCUGUACACAGAAGAAGAGACCAGGAAAUAAAAGGGGCGAAAACAUGGAGUUCAGGGCGCUCCUCAGCCCGAGGACACAAGGAUUUAUGCCUGGACGCCGACAACCCGGACCGCUCAUCACUACCCGCUACCUCCGGAGGACUACGCGACCAGACUUUGCAAGCCAGGAAGGACCUUUCGACCCUACAACGCCUGCGAGUCCCGUCAGAAAGGGACGUACUCUAGCGUAAGCGUGAGUGAGUCGGAUUCCGUAACGUCUGAUCACCCUGACGCAUCGUUUUGUCUGUUCUGUCUAGAGGAUCUGGUGCAGGUCUUCUGGUCCGCUCCGGCCUCCGUGACCAGCGAGGGACGGCGUCGGCGGACGGAUCUCCACUCUACAUCCUAGAGCACUGUUUAUUUGGUUUGCUCUGUUUUUCCAACUCGCCGGUUGAGGGACUGGUCUGGCGCGAGUUGGAACGAACGAUUUUAUACUCUUUUACUGUUUUGUCUGUUAUAGGGAUAUUUUAUCAACAAGUCUGUCUUCCUUGUAUGGGAUCCCUAUAAACCAGGGGGUGGCUACGGCAGGCCCUGGUGGAUACCAGGCUGAAUCGUUCAGCGAGCCCUUCCUUCUGUGUUCUUGAGGUUGGUCCCCCUCACGUGUGUUCAACGUGUGCUGUGUGUAGCGUUCAGCGUUCAGUGUGCAGUGUGCAGUGUGUAGUGUGCAGUGUGUAGCGUUCAGCGUGUGCAGUGUGCAGAGUUCAACGUUUGCUGUGUCUAUAGGCUUGCAGUGAGGGCAGGGUGUGCAACGUGUGCGGUGUCGAGGUUGGCUCAUGAAGGUAUGGUUACGGUUAUCCAGAGUACCAGCCUACCCCCUGGCUUUCUCUCUCCCAUAUUAAGUGAUAGGUAGAUUUGACUUGCUUGUGCUCUAUGUUUUAUGAAAUUGUAUUAAUAAAGCAUUUCUGUUAAUAAUUGAUCCAUCGACUGCUGUUGUGGUAUUUGGGGGAAUCCUUAG